AUGACUUCGUCCGCUGGCUGGAAACCAGCCGACCAGCCGACCACUAUGCAUCGUCUCCCAUCCGUUUCUAGCCUUAUGUCACCCCCAGAGAUCAAGCCUCUCGAGAGCUUUCCUGUCUCGCUUUCACCGUUUGCAAAGCCUCGAGAUUCCUCAACUCGUGACAUACAGCUUCCACCCAUCUCAGAUGAUCGAAAACGGACCCAGUCAGAGAUGGACCUCCCAUCGCCACCUGUGACUCCCUACACCGGGAACAAGAAGAGCAAUCCCAACGCCUCGGACCAGAUUGAAAGGGAUUUGGGAUCCCCCAGGGACCCUCCAUUGUUCGGCCCCGUUCACCCUCCAUCUGCAGAGGCACUUGUGGAAGAGCACAUGAAUUCUCAUAUGGCAAUCUUUCGCAAUAAGUUGAACAAACCCACACGGGAUGAAUAUCUCCUCGCGCUUUCCUGUGUCCCUAUUGUUUCGACUCAGUACAAUCGCAACCCGGGUGCUUGGGCCCGAGAGGAACGCGAGACGUUGGAGCGCCAAAUGGCCAUGAUGAACCGCUAUCGCUCAGGAGAUUACGAACCCAAGUUGAAGAAGAUUGCUCCUGCUCCGGUGAAAAGACUAGGAACCCAACCGCGCGUGCAGCGAACUCGGGUCAAACGCACCCCUAAAUCCACACCCAAGCAGCAGGUGUUUGAUAACUUUGAACCCCCCCAAACCCCGCUUACCAAACCGCGUACCUUGGGUACGAAUCGCGAUGACACCGAUUAUCACUCACUCAAGGACUACUCGCCCCCGGCAGAGACGCUAGGCAGUAAUGCCAAAGCAUUGAAGGCUGAUUGGAAGGGACAGAUGUUAGAUUUGAGCAAUGACCCGGACAGAAAUAUUCUCAGUCCCGCCGAGCUCAAUCUCGCAUCUACCCUGAGACUUUCAUGUGCGACCUAUCUAUGCAGCAAGCGUCGGAUUUUUGAAGCUCGAGUUCGAGCUCUCGGUGUGGGCAAAGAGUUCCGUAAGACGGAUGCCCAACAGGCUUGCAAGAUCGAUGUCAAUAAAGCCAGCAAACUUUGGACCGCCUACGAACGCGUGGGUUGGUUUAGAGCUGAAUAUUUUCAUCAAUACCUAGCAUGA